CCCAUUUCCAUUCUUUUCCCGUUCUGUGGUCACAAGUUCAACUCUCUCUUUGUGAACACGAAUGGCGUGCUUUCCUUUCUCAACGAAGUUAGGAGCUAUGUACCGGAAGCAUUUCCUCUUGGUGGAGACAAACGAAUGGUGGCACCAUUCUGGGCUGACAUGGACGUAAGAUACGGAGGCAACGUCACCUAUCGUGAGCUUACCUGUGUUCCAGAAAAUGAUGAGAUCUUCGCUCAAGCGGAUUGCGUCAUCAAGGGAGCCAUCACCGAUCAGUCCACAUUCUCCACAGCGUGGAUGUUUAUCGCAACCUGGAGCAGAGUCCCGUUUUAUGGAGCCAGUGGUCACAACGCUUUGAAUAUCACAAACACUUUUCAAGUCGUACUGGUGACGAACAGGAAGAUUUCUUUCGCCAUAUUUAAUUACGGGGAAAUCAACUGGCCCGCUGGUGUUAGUGGUGGCGGGAGCAUCGGACCUCCUGCUCAAAUUGGCGUGAAUGCUGUCGAUAAUUUGACCUUCAUCACUGUCCCUGGAUCCAGAACAAAUGCGAUCGUAAACAUAGACCAAGAUUCGAAUAUCGGCAGGAAAGGAUGCUUUCUGUUCCGAAUUGACUGUGGCAAUAUUAUUUAUUCAGGCAUGUAGUGCAGUCCUGGAGGUUCUCCGGCAGUUGAUGGCGUGCUGCGGAAAAUCUGGGAACCUGUCUACUUCGUACACCAUGAUGUGAGAUUAUCAACCUGUCCCGAUGAUGAGCUCUGCAUCACCAAAACAUGGCCUUGCUAUUGAGUCUUUAAUUGCCACCUGCUCGUGAAACAAAUCACAUUAAGACGAUUGUUGCAGUGAUGCUUU